AUGCUCGGACGUCUGUACCACUGCAAGGACAAUACACCACAUGGGUAUUUGAACUGUGCUCAGCAUCUUGACAAGCUGCGUCGCUUGAGCAAGAGGGUUAGGGAGUUGACGCUGGAAGGCUUCAACCAGGGACGCAAACUGGCGGUGCGGAUGCAACGAAUCGACGACCUCAAGCGAUAUGUGAUGCUCGUAGCCGAGGGCAAUGUUUCCCGAAUGCAUAUUGUUACGUCGGUCGCUCUACGCCAGCACUGUUCACCAAAUAAACUCGUGGAGAACAUGGAGAAAGCGGCACGCGAGCUCUACAAGCCCAAAAGCUACUCCGAAGCGGAAUUCAAACAGUCAUACGUUCUGUACAGGAUAGGUGGAUAUCGUGUAGCUGAGUUCGCCCAUCGCACUCGUGGUUUGCCUUCUGUCCGUCAAACGCAAAGAAAAAUUGAUGCUCCAGCAAUCCGUGUCUCUGCGGGAUUCCCAACCGUUGAGGAGGUUAGCGAAAACUUUGGCACAUUCUUCAAAGCACGCCAGAUAGAUGUCGCACAGAAUUCAUUGACAAUCAAGACUCUCGGUGCUAUCCUCAUGUUCGAUGAGCUGGCAAUUCUCAAGCGACUUCAUUGGGAUCCGCUCGAUAACUGUUUCAAGGGCAUCUGUCGCGAACAUGAGCGGGAGCUUCCAACUCUCGAGUUCAACUCGAUGAACGAAGCUAAAGUACUCGAAGAGGCACUCCUCCAAGAUAAAGUGCAUAUUGGCUCUGAAGCAACCAUGGGUGCACUCAGCGUGAUAUCUGAUGACCCUUCACUGUAUUCUGCGAAGGUUAUCAUGAUUUCGCCGACAUGCAAAUGUGGCGAGUCUGUCAGUAGGCAUGCGGACUUGCUGGAUGUAGUUUAUAAGGCUGCAUCGGAAGGUGCAAAGGCUUUGAGAUUCUCAAUAUAUAGCCUCGCCUCUGAUGGAGAUUCACGACGUCGGCAGGCUCUAUUCAAGCUGACAAUGACUCAUGAGCUCUCGCCGGAGGACGACUUGGAGCUCUAUCGUCACCUUGCGCGCAUGGACUUUUUCCCUCUCUGGUGCGGAAGGGAUAGCAUAACAUCAAGCUUCGACUUCAAGCAUGCUCAGAAGCGUCUCCGGAAUACUCUGCUGCGCGAGGCCGGCGUUACAAUCCGAGGAAUCCAUAUCACAAAGCCAAUCAUUCUCAACCACCUCAUGUGUACACCAGAGCUUAUGCUGUCAAAAUCCGCCGCCGAGUCACUGUUGAAUGCAGCUGACCGUCAGGAUGUCGGCCUUAUGUACCGCCUCCUAAGGGCCCUGUAUAACUUGCCACCUCCAAGCAUCGAAGAUUCUCCGAUCUUUGCCGCAAAUCGUCGAAUACUCCGGUUGUAUGGCAAGCUUGGAAUGCGCCUCCUUCGUCCAUACACGGAUGCUACGAUGAGUUUGAGCCAGCAGCUCACCGAUCUCAGUGCUGCAUCGCUGGUUCUAUUUGAACUCUAUGGUGUCGACAAAGGCAGCUUCAUCCCUGUCCAGCUAUACUCGGAUCUUCAACACGAGAUACAAAAUGUUUUCUUCACUGUGGCGAAGACGAAGCGUGACAAUCCAGACGGGAAAGUGCAUCUUGUUCUUUGUGGGACAGAUACACUCGAAACAUUCUUUGGAAUUGUCCGUACUAUGGCCGGCACCGAUGUUAACUUCGACUCGUAUCAACUGGGAAACCGGACUUCAGGUGCUUCGCAAGUUACCGAAAUUCUUGGGCUUCAUCCCGAGUGGGAUCCGGGAUCACGCCGCCUUCGCUUGGGUUCAUUGUCAGAUGCCAAUGAACACGAUGUCUCCAAGUUUGAUCAAUUGACACCCCGUUCAUGGAUAGCGGAUGUCUCAGUGCGGGAUGUUGUACCUGCAACCUGCUGGAAGCUUGGCGAGAGGGAGGCGAUGAACGAUCUCAUUGAAGCUGAAAUUCAUCCAUCUUUUGACCAGAAGCGGGCCAGCGGCAAGCCAUACUCCUUGUUCUCUCCCUUUGGC